ACUCUCUCAUCUUUCCCCUCUUUUGAAAAUAUAUAUUUUCUCUCACCGGAGCUGUAAACCCAAGAAUGGCAGAUGAGGGACAAGAGAUGAUGACAGCAAAAAUGUCUCAAAGAAAAAAAUAUCGUUGCUUACAUGAUUGGUCUACUCUGCCCAGCGAGUUAUUAGUGGACAUUCUCAUUCGCUUAUCUGACAAGGAAAUGGUGAGAUGUAAAAUAAUAUGCAAAUUAUGGAACGACACUAUUGUUAAUUUUUGCAUUCCUGAACUAUUUGCUUCAACACCCCUUAGUAAAUUUAUCUGCGAGAUGAAACGUGCCUGUGAUUUGGUUGUUGCUCAUGUUCCUGAUGGACCAUAUGCUAAAAAUGGAGAAAUGGUGAGCUCUUCAGAAGGACUUAGAUGUGUAUUUUCUGCACCAAACGCAAUUCCUUUCAUUGGAUGUUGGAAUGGUUUAUUUCUCUUUGUUCGAGAGGGUAAAAGAACAAUUGAUGUGUUCAAUCCUGCUACUGGACAAUCAAUAGAAAUUCCUGCAAGUAUCGAAGUAACCACUCGUUGUCAGGUUUCAUUGGCUUUUGACCCAUGUAGGUCACCUCACUUCAAAAUAGUUUGCUUUUGUUCAUUAAGUCGUUGGUUUAAGUUGCACAUAUAUUCAUCAGAGACUGGCAGAUGGGAUGUCCAUAAAAUUUUGUCGGAUGGUGAUGAUUGUGAGCAUGAGUGGUGUGACCGGACUGUAUAUGCGAACGGUAUUCUUUACACUCUAUCUGAACCAGAUCAUCUUCUCUGUGUUGAUGUUGACCAUCUGAAAGUAUGUUACAUUAAACUCCCCUUCAACAUCAGAAAUAAUGUUACCGGAUUUAUUGGGGCGUCAAGAAAUCGUCUUUGUUAUUCAAACCGUGACUUCUGUUAUAUGUUUGUUUGGAGGCUGGAAGGGUCUCUUGAUGCUCCAAAGUGGGUUUUAAUGCAUAAAAUCCGCAUUAAAUCGUUGAUGUCAAAUGCGUGUGUCAACUAUCGUAUAAGUAAAUACUUCAUGCCCUAUGCUUUAGAUCCUAAUUCUGAUGUUAUUUUCGUUGGGACGCCCAAGUCAAUUUUUGCUUACGAUCCUCAUGGGCGUAAAGUGAUAGGAACACAUCGGGUAAAGGAAUAUGAUAAUUACUUGGUUGAUGGCCAAGAAACUGUUUAUCCUUAUGUUCGUUGUUUAGUAAAUUUGAAAAGCCACGAGCAAAAACCCUGCACUUCAUUGAUUUCAUCAGAGUACGUGAAAUAUACAACAUUUAUUGACAAGCUAGAUGAAGGGUUGAGGGCAGCAGAUCGCACUGUUUGGGAUCGAAAAGUAAGCCUUUUUCUUAAAAGAUCAAAAGAAGAUGAGCUUCAUCGUCUCCCAAAAGAUUUCUUAAAGUUUAAGUGGUCGUACUCAUGGUCGUUUGAAGGAAGGAGCAGGUUGAGCGGUAGGUUUGUGUCAAUCAGCUCACUAAAAUCUAGUCACAUCCCAUGAUUUGGAUCCUAAGGAGUAGGUUCGAACAAAGGAGUAGGUUGAGCGGUAGGUUAGGUUUGAGCAUUUCUUAUUAUUUAUGAUGGCACCGUUUUGUAACGGAUAAUUAUCUCACAUUGUAAUUGUUAUUUACUUCUAUAUCACACUUCUAUCAACAAUAAUACGAAUGAAAAUAUUAGACUGUCUUUUUGUUGUCAAAGUGUGUAGGAUACAAGGGCUGAAAAUGUAUAGUUAGUAUAAGGCUACAAGCCUACAACAUCAAAGUGAGACAUGAAAACCUAUUGAAGACUUUAUAUGUUCAAUUAUAAACUUGACAAGGUUGUUUAAGAAACCAACUAAUAUAAAUGUAAAUGUAAAUAAAUAAACUAAAUUUGUAUUUGUAGAAAAGGUUAACUUAGGCAUCUAAAAUUAGAAAUUAUCUAUUGUGUUAUUGCUAUUUACUUCUACUUCAUAUUAUAGUGGCAAUGUUUUG